AGUGGCGGUGUAGGACUGAGAUACGACGCACUUGAGGCGCUGGCGGCGGGGCGUGCCGCCGCGCCGCCAGCCCCGCGCAUUAGCGGCACCUGAGGCCAGACAGUGCAGAGUGCAGUCCGCCGAGGCCGGACAGUGCAGAGUGCAGUCCGCGACAUCGAUCGUCGCCCGCUACGCAGUGCUCGCAAAACCUAAGCGCCAGAGCCACGCCGGGGAGUGUAGUAAAGGUCGAGUGCAGGUGGGAGGCACGAUCGGCCGGCGCUGAGCCACGCCAUGAGCCUGCUGGCGGCUAAGCUGGGUGGCCUGAUCGUGCUGCUGGGCUGCACGCUGCUGCUGGGUCUGCUGCCGUUCGCUCUGCAGCGCUGGCUGCAGCGGUACGGCGACGCCAGCGGCCAGGCGCGCGCCCAGCUCGGCCUGUCAUGCAUGCAAUGCUUCGGCAGCGGCUUGCUGCUGGCCACCGUGUUCGCGCACCUGCUGCCCGAAGUGCGGGCCGGCCUGGCGGUGGUACAGCCCGACGACCAAUUCCCGCUGGCCGAGGUGCUGCUCUGCGCUGGCUUCUUCAGCAUCUACGCCAUCGAGGAGCUGGUGGAACUAGCGCUGCAGCGCGGCGGCCGGCCGGCUCUGGCCGCCAACCUCGCACCGUCCGCCAAGCCAGGCUACGGCGCGCUGGAGUCGACGGCCGGCAGUGGCGGCGGCGGCAGCGGUGGCGGCAGCGGUGGUGGCAACGGUGGCGGCGGCGGCGGCGGCAGGCACGACCGCCUCAGCGGGCUGCGUGUGCUAGUGGUGACCGUGGCGCUGUCCGUGCACUCUGUGUUCGAAGGCAUGGCCGUUGGCCUGGAGACGCGCGUCGCCAGCGUGUGGGUGCUGGUCACAGCCAUCACCACGCACAAGUCCAUCAUCGCCUUCUGCCUGGGCGAGCAGCUGGCGGCGUCUGGCCAGCCGCUGCGCCGGGCGCUGGUCACGCUGCUGGUGUUCGUGCUGGCCUCGCCCACUGGCGUGCUGCUGGGCCUGCUGGCGACUGACGGCGGGAGCGGCGGCUCCGACGCCGUGCUGACGAACUUGCUGCAGGCGCUUGCCGCCGGAUCGAUCCUCUACGUCGUCGUGUUCGAGAUUCUGCAGGGCGAGCGGGCCAAGCCAGGCAGCGGGCUGGCCAAGCUGGCCGCCGUCCUGCUCGGCUUCCUCGCCAUGCUGCUGGUGACGACUUUGGUGUAGUCAGAAGCGCAGGCGGCGGCGACGGCUCCGGUGCCGGCCGCCUCCGGCAGGCGGCGCUAGGUGCGAUCGGGGCCGGGGUGGCGCCCUUACGGCGGGCC